ACCAUUUAAUAUACUUUUUACAGACACGGCCAGAGCACUGAGAGAUAUCAGGUAUUGAUGUAACUGGAGUAAAUAAGGGAACCUUCUUCCUGAGCACGGACAUUGGAGCCUAUUAUCAGCAUGAACUCAUAUGUGUUAGACAAUCACUUGAAUAGUUCAUACCCAUCCUUCACUACUGCAAGCAUCAGUUUGAUACCACAAACGCCAAUAGUCUCAGACACUAAUGACUAUUCACAAACAUUGGGGAACUCACAGCAGAUAUUUAAAGAAGAUGGUGAAUUGGCAGGAACUGGGCAGCAAUCAUUAUGUACAGAGAGUCAUUUAGUCAUCAAACAAGAGGACAACAUUUAUGCCUUAUCUAGUGAAAUGAUUAUCCCAGAGGCUAAACCACACACAUUUACUGAGUUUUCAAAACAUUUAAAAGAAGGGGAAAGUCUUAAGUCUAGCCAAAUUAUUCAUACAAAUAAGAAACCAUUCGAAUGUACAGAAUGUGAGAAAAGCUUCACAUGUAAUUUGCAUCUCCUUGAACACCACACAGUUGUGAAACCUCACACAUGUACAGAAUGCGGGAGAUGUUUCACAUCUAAAGGAAGCCUUAAGUGUCACAAAAAGACCCACACAGGGGAGAAACCUUUCACAUGUAAUGAGUGUGGGAGAUGUUUCACAUCCAAGGGAAAUCUCAUAUCUCAUGAAAAGACUCACACAGGGGAGAAACCUUUCACAUGUACAGAGUGUGGAAAAUGUUUUACACAUAAAAGUGAUCUAAAAACCCAUGAAAUGGUUCACACAGGAGAAAAGCCUUUCACAUGUACAGAGUGUGCAAAAUGUUUUACAAAAAAGAGUAGUCUGAAAAAUCAUGAAAUGAUUCACACAGGAGAAAAGCCUUUCACAUGUACAGAGUGUGGAAAAUGUUUUACAGAAAAAAGUACUCUGAAACAUCAUACAUGGAUUCACACAGGAGAAAAGCCUUUCACAUGUACAGAGUGUGGAAAAUGUUUUACAUUAAAGAGUCAUCUGAAUAUUCAUGAAAGGAGUCACACAGGAAAAAAGCCUUUCACAUGUACAGAGUGUGGAAUAUGUUUUACACAUAUGAGUAAUCUGAAAACUCAUGAAAUGAUUCACACAGGAGAAAAGCCUUUCACAUGUACAGAGUGUGGAAAAUGUUUUACAUUAAAGAGUAGUCUGAAUAUUCAUGAAAGGAUUCACACAGGAGAAAAGCUGUUCACAUGUACAGAGUGUGGGAAAAGUUUUAGACAAAAGAGUGUUCUGAAAACUCAUGAAAGAAUUCACACAGGAGAAAAGCUGUUCACAUGUACUGAGUGUGGAAAAUGUUUUACACAUAUGAGUAAUCUGAAAAGUCAUGAAAGGAUUCACACAGGAGAAAAGCCUUUCACAUGUACAGAGUGUGGAAAAUGUUUUACACAAAAGAGUAAUCUGAAAAGUCAUGAAAGGAUUCACAAGGGAAGAAACCUUUCACAUGUUUAGAAAGUGGGAAAAAUGGUUUUAUUGAAAUCAGGUAUCACAAAACACCAACUAUUUACACACAAACUUUAUAUACACAGUGUACAAACCUUUUUACAAUUAUCCUAAAGAGGACAAACUCUCUAAAUAGAAGCAUCAAAAAGUAUCAUAUUGUAAAUAACACUUUCUAAUCCCAGUUAUAAAAGCCCCAGAUUGGAAGUGCUCUCCUGCUGUCCUUUGUUUUUCUAUAUAUGUGCACCUAAGUUUCUCUCAUAUCAAUGUGAUAGAAUCCAAACACCACACAGUAAUAUACAGAUAUGUCCUCAUACUGACCUGUUUACACAACCAUUCACCACCAAAGCACCCCCAGUGUUGUUUAUUAAUAUGCCAGUGUUAGGAGUUGUACGUUUGAUUUACAUAGGGGAGGAAAUAAUUACAUUUACAGAAUAAAGGAGUCUUUAUAUGAAUAGAGUGUUAGAGUAUUAUAUAAACAAGAACAUCAGUCUCAAAUGAUUGACAUCUGGGAGAUAUAUUUAAUGUGCACAUCAUGUGGAUAAACCUUUUCUUAUAGCAAAA